AUGAUGUCCACCCCUACCCUAGGGGGUCCCUCGAAUGGACACUUGUCGCCAGAUGAUGUAAUCGACUCGACUUUCGAUACUGGUGGUCACCUAGACGAUAAUGACUCUCCCGAAGCUGACGAGCAUCCCCUGAACCACACAUCCCCGUCGCCAUCGAACGAUGCGAACGACACAUCGAACAUCGUUAAUGAUGACGUUCGCAUGUCCGAGAGCGAGCAAUCCAGCGAGGAUAACGCGUCAGAUGAUGCCGACUUUGACAUGGACGAGAGUGUCCCCUCACAAAUCGAAGAUGUGGUGGAAGAGCGUGCCAGCUCCACCGACUCAAACAGAGCCUCCAAGCGCAAGGCACCUGUAGCCGAAGACGAGUACAUGAAAGCCAAUCCAGAGCUUUAUGGACUUCGCCGAAGUACUCGACCCAGGGAACAACGCAAAAUCGUCGACUCCGAUGACUCUGAUUCUGACGUGGCUCCUGCCAACCGUCGCACCGCCAAACGCCGACGCGUGGAGACUUCCAGACCCACUUCCAAGAUAGGCACACCAACCCUACGAGCAUCAACGAACGACUCGGACUCGGACUCAGAUAACUACGGUGGAGCUCGGGCGAAAAGUCUGCAGAAAAAAGCUCGACUACAACGAGAGUCGCAACCGGCCCUCGCCUUCGCUGAAAAGCGGUGGGCGAGCCGUCGAGCGGCGCAAGUGGUACAACAAGGUGCUUAUGAGGAGAGCGAUUUCGAAGAGGAUGAGGAUGAAGAUGAACUCGCCCCCGCCCACUAUGUUGCCGACUACGUGGACGACUCCCCAUACGUGGAAAAAGUAGUCCGCCAUCGACUAAAAGCCGGAUUGGAGCUUUCAUAUGACUCUAGUCGGAAUGACUUUGAGUACUUCAUCAAAUGGCAGGACAAGUCACAUUUGCAUGACACUUGGGAGUCCAUCGAUCUGCUCCGCAAUGUUCGUGGUUUCCGAAAAGUCGAGAAUUACUUCCGAAAACUCGUGGACCAGGAGCUUGAUAUCCGAUUCGGAGAUGACAUCCCUCCUGAGACCAAGGAGCAAUUCUUCCUCGACCGUGAGCGAGAUGAAGAGGCCUUUGAGGACUUUACCAAGGUUGAGAGAGUGGUUGCCGUCAGAGAUGGCGAUGAGGGCCCCGAAUACUAUGUCAAGUGGAAGGGUCUCAGUUACGAUGAGUGUACGUGGGAGGAUGCCUCCGACAUUAGCGCUGAGUUUCAGGACAAGAUCGAUCAAUACCUCGACCGAGCCUCCCGCUCAUGGCAGUCAGACCGGAAAGAAUCCAACCCUGAAACCAGGUCAAGGAUGGUAAAGCUGGAGGCCCAACCCGACUACAUCCAGAACGGUGAGCUCCGACAGUUCCAGUUGAGAGGUCUCAACUUCCUCUGCCUCAACUGGGCUCGAGGAAAUAAUGUGAUCUUGGCCGAUGAAAUGGGUCUGGGCAAGACAGUUCAGACUGUUUCAUUCCUGAGUUGGUUACGCAACUGCCGUCGCCAAGAGGGUCCCUCGCUUGUGGUUGCUCCUCUCAGUGUCAUCCCCGCAUGGUGUGAUACCUUCAAUAACUGGUCGCCAGACCUGAACUACGUCGUCUACCUGGGACCCGAGGAUGCUCGAAGUAUCAUUCGUGAACACGAAUUGCUCGUUGAUGGUAACCCAAAGAAGCCAAAGUUCAAUGUCCUGGUCACCUCGUACGAGUUCAUCCUUCAGGACUGGCAGUUCCUUCAGUCGAUUAAAUGGCAAGCGCUUGCUGUCGAUGAAGCCCACCGUCUCAAGAACAGUGAAUCCCAACUGUACGCUCGCCUGCUGAACUUUGGCAUUCCAUGUAAGGUUCUCAUCACAGGAACACCCAUUCAGAAUAACUUGGCCGAGUUGUCAGCACUGCUUGAUUUCCUGAACCCCGGCAAGGUCAAUAUUGAUGAAGAUCUGGACUCCCUUUCUGCCGUCGAUGCCCAAGAGAAGCUUCAAGAGCUCCAUAAGGCAAUCGCUCCAUACAUCCUAAGAAGAACAAAGGAGACAGUUGAGUCUGAUCUGCCUCCAAAGACGGAAAAGAUCAUUCGUGUCGAGCUCUCGGAUGUCCAACUGGAUUAUUACAAGAACAUCCUCACACGAAACUACAGUGCACUCUGCGACGCCACCAACGGACACAAGAACUCCCUUCUCAACAUCAUGAUGGAAUUGAAAAAAGUCAGCAACCAUCCGUACAUGUUUCCUGGUGCUGAGGAAAAGGUCCUGGGAGGUAGCGUACGUCGCGAGGAUCAAAUAAAAGGUCUGAUCGCGAGCAGUGGAAAGAUGAUGCUGCUCGAUCAACUUCUUUCAAAGUUGAGGAAGGACGGUCAUCGUGUUUUGAUCUUCAGUCAGAUGGUCAAGAUGCUUGAUAUUCUCGGAGACUAUCUCUCCUUGCGAGGAUACAAAUUUCAGAGACUGGACGGCACCAUUGCGGCCGGCCCUCGACGCAUGGCAAUCAAUCAUUUCAACGCUGACGAUAGCGACGACUUCUGCUUUCUGCUCUCCACCCGAGCUGGUGGCCUGGGCAUCAAUCUGAUGACUGCAGACACUGUGGUCAUUUUCGAUUCGGACUGGAACCCACAGGCAGAUUUGCAGGCUAUGGCCAGAGCCCAUCGUAUCGGUCAGAAGCGACCAGUCAACAUUUAUCGCCUGGUUUCCAAGGAAACGGUUGAGGAAGAGGUCCUAGAACGAGCUCGCAACAAGCUUCUACUGGAGUACCUGACUAUCCAAGCCGGCGUCACUGAUGAUGGAAAGGCGGCGUUCAAGGAAGAGCUCAACAAGAAGGGCCUGAAGAUUGAUGGGCCCUCUUCAAACGAAGACAUUCAAAUGGUGUUGAAGAUGCGCUCAUCCAAGAUGUUUGAGCAAAGCGGAAACCAAGAACGUCUUGAACAACUCGACAUCGACUCGAUUCUUGAGAACGCCGAAAUCACCAAGACCAAGGUCGAUGACAAAAUCAACCUCAGCAGUGGUGGUAUCGACUGGGACAACUUCAUGCAAAUCACCGAUGUCAAGGUGGACGACAUCAACCUCGACUGGGAUCAAAUCAUCCCAGCUGACAAGAUCGCCGAGAUCAAGGCAGAGGAGGAAAAGCAGAAGAACGACGACUAUCUCGCCAAGGUUGCGGCUGAAAGCGCUCCCCGAAGGGCUGCCGUCAAGAGCCGAAACCGAGAGACUGACAGGGCAGAUCGUCUGAAGAAGCGUCAGAGAGAGCAGCAACAAGAAGAAGAGGAGCAUAGGGCCCAACUUCGCGAUCCAAAGCGGCCUUUGAGUGAGAAGGAACAGCGAAACCUCAUCAAAGCCUACUUCCGGUUCGGCUCUAUGGAUGAUCGUGCCGAAGACAUCAUUAAGGAGGCGAAGCUGGGGGAGAGAGACAGUGACUUCGUCAAGUCCGUCCUCGGUGAUUUCAUCAAAGCUGCCAACCAAGCAUUAGACGACAACUAUGCUAAGCUUGUUGAAGAGGAGAAGAAGAUGGGCAAAUCGUUGACCAAGAAGGACAGAAAGGCGGUCCUGAUUGACUUUGGCGAGUUGAAGAAGGUGAACGCCGAGACUGCCAUCGAGCGACCAAAGCAGCUGCAACUUCUCCACCAGGCAAUUCGGGGUCAUACUGACUGGCGCGCAUUCCGUCUUCCCGAUGCUACCAAAGCUGCCAACUACACUUGUCCAUGGGGUGCUAAGGAAGACGCCAUGCUCCUUGUUGGUAUUGACAGGCACGGCUUUGGUGCGUGGGUACAGAUUCGUGAUGAUCCCGACCUUGACAUGUGCGAAAAGUUCUUCCUGGAGGAGCAUCGUGUCGAGAAGAAGGAAGAGAGGAGCAAGGGAAAUGACAAGAUGAAGGCGCCUGGCGCUGUUCACCUUGUUCGCCGCUCCGAAUACCUGCUUUCGGUGUUGCACUCGAAGCAUUCCGGCGAUCGAGGUGCGCAGAAACUGGUCGAUAAUCACCAUCGUAACAACAAGAAGUCUCACCUCACCAAUGGUCACCGUGGAAGUGCGACUGCAUCCCCUGCUCCCCAGAGCAAGAAACAUCGCGACAGGGAUCGAGAGCAUGGCCAUGUUGACCAUCAUCGCUCUCGCAGCCAUGCUGAAGAGCGAGGCACCCCUCGACCCGACUUCAAGCGGAAGCAUGUGUCUCACGAAGACAAUCGCAGUCCUAAACAUGGCCGCAUGGAAGACCGCCGUCGGUCUAGCAAGCACGGUGAUGACCGAGAGCGAGCAGCUGAUAAGCGUCGACACCGCGACGAAGAUGACCGGCGACACGAGAAGCAUCGCCCCCGCGAUGAUCGUCGCCAGGACAGGCACCGUGAUGAACGCGAUCGUGACCGUGAUCGUGACCGUGAUCGUGACCGAGAGCGGGAUCGUGACCGAGAGCGAGAUCGUGACCGAGAGCGGGACCGAGAACGCGAUCGAGAGCGCGAGCGGGACCAUGAGUCGCGACCGCAGGAUGAGCGGAGAGCCAAGGCUCUUCGACGCCUUGACGAGCUUCGACGGAUCGGAGACAACAAGGACCAGAGGGCUAAGAACAACGACGCCAUGAUCUGGUUCUUGUUGAAACCUGUCCGAGAAAACUUUGAGAGAAUCCUUUCCACGACCAAGGACAACGUCAAAUCGAGCAAGGAGCGAGCGUCCAUCUUUGGUGUUGAGCUUGUUGUCAUUGGCACAUUCCUCGACGAAAGGUUGCAAGCGACGGUUGCCGACGAGGGUCUCAAGAACAACUUUUGGGACUUUUUAGCAGCGCUUUGGCCAGUGGACGACACUAGUAAGAGCGUUACUGGCAAGCGAUUGAGCAACAUGUAUCGCACUCUGCAUGCUCGCAACAAGGGCUCUGGGUCCAACUCGGCCAAGACGAACGGUGCCUAA